ACCUCCACCUCUUUCAACAACUUCUAACACGCCGACACCGACCGCGCCUUGCAACACUGAACUCUUCGCUCGCCGACACGACCAAGUCCGCUCACAACAUGGACGGUAGUGCCGCACACCUCCCUGAAGACGCCCCGCCCGCGUACACCGAAGUCCCCAUCCAUGUCGACUCGAAGCCCGAAGCUCCCCUCGCCACUGCGCCCGACGGCAAUCCCGUUCUCGAGUCCGAGGCGAACAUCGUUGCGCACACCGUCGAGCUUCCGCCGGACGGCGAGACCAGCGCGGAUGCCGACAUCGGGUGGAACAAAGAUAUGGGCCACCUACCUCCGACGAUCCGAUUCUACAUGACCGUCAUUGUCAGUAUUGCAGGCUUCGGCAAGCACAUCGCUCGCGUACGGUCGUGGAACGAGCCGCGCAGGACGACGGGCUUCUGUGUUGUACGGAUCUACUGUGUAUCCAGUCUGCUACCUGCUACUCUCGUUCGGCUCACAGGCCUACUACGUCGCGUGGUGGAGCAACCUCCUCGGCGCGCUCAUCUGCACGACCUCAUCGUACUCAUCCUCCACCCGCCUUCCGCAAGUGGCUCUUCCCGCCCGCGCCCUCGCCGCCGUCAGCGCCACCAGCGGCAACUGCAGGCCCACAAGGGCGAGGCCGUCGAGCAGGAGGCGAACAACUUCGUCUCCGGCGUCGGAUCGUUCGCGCUUGCGACCGCGACGGGCCAGCAGGACGUGCCGACGAGAAGCUCGCGCAGCAGGAAGAGGAGAACAGCGGUCUACGGGCGCGAUGCCGACCCGAUGCAGAUCGCGGGCGCGACGGCGGACGCGAAGCACGUCGCGCAUGGCGCGAGGACUGAUGGCAAGCACGACGCGACGAAGAAGCACGUCGAGAGCGCGAUGUGGGAGAAGGCGAGGCCCGUCAUGCGUGCUCUCGCUGACCUGGUAGAUACAUGGGAACGUUUUGGAAAUGUCCUAACCCCCACUGCGCCGUUCUCGCAAACGCCCCGCCUGCGGCUCGCGGCGCUGGUGCUACCGGUCAUGAUAGUGACCACAGCCGUUCCGGCUGCUCUGUUCGUGAAGGGCGGGUCGUUCGCAAUGGGUUUCGCGAUGUUUGGGCAGCCGCUCAUUACCCGCGGGAUUCACUGGCUUAACACCAACUAUCCUAACUGGCUGCAGAUGCUCGAGAUGCGGAGAUCAAUCCUCAAAGGUGUACCGACCAACGCGCAGCUUACUCUCGCGUUGCUCCGGAUUGCAGAGGCGACCCACACCCUCUCCGCCGCCGCCUUCCAUGAGCAUCCCGACGGACGACCCGAGUCACACCCCGACGGCGCCAAGGCCGAAGUAGCAGAGUACCGACAGGCUGAACACGCAGACGACGCUGCGGAGCAGGACGGCAAGCACAAAACGAGCAAGCUCGCCAAGAUCGUCAAGGGCUCCGCGAAGGCAAGCGUCAACAGCGUGAUCGGCAUCGACCACCUCAAGGCAAGCUCGGUCGGGCGCGGCCAAACGACGCUUGGCGCCUCGCGUGGGCCUUGGGACGGACCGACGACGUAUGCGUCGCGGUAUAACGGGAAACGGGGCUAUGUCGUGCUCGUGACGAGCGCGGCGACGCCCUGCGUUUCGUUCGUGUGGGAGAAGGACCUCUCGAAGAACCUUGCGAGCUACGCCAAAGCUGUUGCUGCGAAGGCGAAGGGCGAGAGCGGGGAGCCCGAGGCGCCACCUGCGGUGGGCGGGUAUGGAUGGAAGGGUAAGAUGGUUAUUGGAUAUGCGCUGCAGCGUGCGGUAGUGGAUGGGCUCGGGAUUGAGGACAAGGAUGGGAAGACACACUAUCUGACUGCAAUCAAGGGUAGGGAUGAGUUGUUCAAUAGGCUCAUUGCCAUUGGUGGGCAUAAGUGGGAGCAACUGUAAUACUGGUGGCAUGAGCAUGCAAAGGAAAAUGAUGUAGCAUACUAGUUAACUAUCCUGUAUCAAUCUGUGUCUGGCACAGGACAAUCCACUAAUCCACUGCAAG